CUGAGCGGAGCAGCAGAUCAACUUUAUCCGAACGGCUCUGAGAGGAUCUCCUGCCGUCAGUUGCGGCGUCUCCGCCGGCUGCUCUUCCUGCCUCUGCCCGCUGCUGCUCCGGAGCUCCGGAGCUGCUCCUCAGCCGGAGCGCAGCGCUCCUCCCCGCCCCACCCCGCCGGAGGAGGCACCGGAGAUCCGGCUAAAGUUUCGUCUCCGCUCCGCCUUCCGGGACUUGUUAACCGGGACCGAACCGGCCCCAGCCAGGAUGAGCGGCGCCGGCCCGGCCAGGAAGCCGUACCGCAAGGCUCCGCUGCAGCACCGCGAGACGCGCCACGCCACGCCUGCCGGUCCUUCUCCAUCUGCGCCGCAGCCCGACAUCAAUCAGGAGGCGGUAAUGGACUCGGACCGCAUCAGAAUCCUCCAGCAGCAGAAUGAGGACCUACAGCGCCGCCUCUCACUCUCCACCCACAAGAUGGAGGCCAUAGAGGCGGAGUUUGACGGCGGCCGCCACUACAUGGAGGCGGAGCUAAGCCGGACCAGAGACGACCUAGACAAGAUGAGGGACAAGUUCCGCAGACUCCAGAACAGCUACACAGCGUCUCAGAGAGCCAAUCAGGACCUUCAGGAACCUCUCACCUUCCCUCUACGGAAGGUGGAGAGGGACAAAAAGACGAUGGACCAGGAAACCGUGGAGCUCACCACCAAACUGCUGGAGGCCAGGAACGCCAUCGACCGGCUGGAGGAGCUCAACGAGCGCUACAGGCAGGACUGUAACCUGGCGGUGAGGCUGCUGAAGUGCAACAAGUCUCACUUCAGGGACCACAAGUUUGCUGAUGUGAGUACCUGUCUGUCUGACAGCCUGAACAAGCACCUGAUCCAACCCCCUGGCGAGCUCACCCCGGCGCCCAGGCCGCCCCCCGCGGUCCUGGCCCCGGCCGCCGUGGUCCCGGCCUCGGUGAUCGCCCGCGUGCUGGAGAAGCCGGAGCCGCUGGUCCUGAACUCGGCUCAGUCCGGCCUUCCGCAGCGGCCGGCGUCGGGCGUGUUCGUCCGCGUGGAACGCGGCGAGGCGCGCGCUUUGCGCUUUCGCGAAUCGCCGCAGCCAGAGCAGCCUGGACGGGCAGUCGGGCGGCGAGAAACGGCGGGGCCUUCGGCUGACGUGCCCCCCCGCCCAUUGCCGGGGCGCAGGCUCAUCGAGUUCUGGUCCGGCGACAAGGGUCGAAUUGAAACUGCCAUGCCCAACUGCACCUACGCCACGCGGCAGGCCAUCUCCAUGGGGCUGCAGGCGUAGCCGCCCCACUCCCUCGGGCGCCCGCGCGCCGCCCUCGGCCAGGGGCAGCCCAGCGAGCCGCUGUCCGGCCAGUCCAGCCCCUUCAGCAGCCCGCCACAGGCGCUCAGCGUGCUGGCGAGCUCCGGCAGCUCGGAGGAGGACCUGCUGGCCAACUGGCAGCGGAUGUUCGUGGAGAAGAUGGCGCCGGCCGGCGGCGGCGCGGCGGCCCAGCGCACUUCCUUCAGCAGCCACACGGCGCAGGAGCUGCAGAGGAGGGGGGGGGGGGGCGGGGCCUCCGACCGCCACCGGGCCGCCUACUCGGACGGCGAGGAGGGCUCGUCGGCGCGGAGCUGGACGCCGAGUCGCGGCUCCAGCCUGGACACCGAGGCCCGCCCGGGCGGGGCGAGGAGGCCCCGCUGGGAGGAGUUAGAGGAGGAGAGUGACGUCCUCCCCCCCGCCCUGCCCGUCAUCUCGCCCCGCCUCCUGGAUCUCGACGCCCCCCUCGCCGCCGCCCCCCCGCAGCGCCCGCAGAGGAGCCCCAAGAGGAUGGGCGUCCACCACCUGCACCGCAAGGACAGCCUGACCCGAGCCCAGGAGCAAGGCACGCUGCUGGACUGACCGCCGCCAUGGCAACCACCUGUACCCCACCAGGAGGUGUGUGUGUGUGUGUGUGUGUGUGUGUGUGUGUGUGUGUGUGUGUGUGUGUGUGUGUGUGUGUGUGUGUGUGUGUGUGUGUGUGUGUGUGUGUGUGUGUGUUUGUGUUUGUGUGUGUGUUUUUUUAAUAGUCACAUUAAACUUGUAACAGUAUUUUUAAAGAUAAAUGAGAAUCAUAUACAUGAAACUAACAUGUUGGAUAUAUACAUAUAUAAUUCCAUACAUAUUUUUUAUAUAUAUAAUAUAUGUAUAUAUAUACAUAUUAUAUAGAUAUAUAUUAUAUAUAUAUAUCAUAUAUAUUAUGUACAUAUAUAAAUAUACAUAUAUAUAUGUGUGUAUUGUUGCCGUGUUGUCAGAGAAGAAGAAAAGAUGUGUUUCCUGACCAGAAGCUUUUAUUUUGAAGAAAACAGAUGAGACACACACACACUCUCUGGAAGGUUGCGAGUACGACGCCGAGCUGGAGGUCAGAAUUUUGUUUUCUCGUCUCUACUCCUCUCACGUUUUUACUGAGUCACCUGAUUGGCUGUUCACGGACCAGGGGGCGGGGCUUAGUCGUUAUAGUUUGAUGUUUUGUUGUGGUUUGGUUCUACGGAAGCCUGUUAGUGUCAGAAACAUGGCUUUUAUUUUGAAAGAUAAUCACCAGAAUAUUAAUAUGAUCGAUAUAUAUGUGUAUAUAUAUGUAUAUAUAUAUAUAUACACAUAUAUAUACACACAUAUAUGUGUAUAUAUAUAUGUGGAUACAUAUAUAUGUGGAUACAUAUAUAAAU